CACGCACACGCACACACACUCUGGUCCGUGAGCAGAGCGCGAGGCACUAAACGCUCCUCAUUCAGUAACGAGCUCAUUGAGGAGCGGACUAAACCUCCAGAGUCCAGUUCAGCCUCUAAGAACCACUUUAACUCCACUUUCCUUCCUUUUAUUAAUUCUUUGUAUUAUUAUUAUUAUUAUUGUUAUUAUUGUUUAUCUCCACAACAAAACUCUCGGGACUCUGCGGACUCGUAUCUGGAUCUCUGGGCUUCUGGUUUCCUUCUCUCAGGCUCUGGAGUUUUCCUGGUGAUGACCUCGCUGCUGUUCCCUGCUGCGAUGAAGGACCUCUCUUCCUCCUCCUCCUCUCCCCUCGGCUCCCUGCUCCACUACCCGUCCUCCAAGACCUCCGCGGCGCCGUUCUCUCCGUCCGCCGGCGGCAGCGUCGCCUCCCCACCGGCCCCGCUCGCCAAACCCCAGCCCUUCUGCCUCCAGACGGGGCCGCACCUCCUCGCCAGCAUGCAGCUGCAGAAGCUCAACUCGCACUACCAGAACCUCGGCGGGAGCUCGGCGGGACACCCGGCGGCACCGCCGGCCGGUGGCCCCCAGAGGGGCUUCGGGGCCUCGCCUCUGGGCGCGGGGAACCAGCACCACGGGGCGACCGGGGGCCUCGCCGUCGGCGUCGCCGUGGGUAACCAAGGCCCCGGCGGCAUUAUCGACUUUGACCCCGUGGACGAGGAGGUGCUCAUGUCGCUGGUGGUGGAGCUCGGUCUGGACCGGGCCAACGAGCUGCCCGAGCUCUGGCUCGGACAGAACGAGUUCGAUUUCAUGUCGGACGUGCCGGCCGGGUGCUGACCGCCCCGAGAGGAAGAGAAAGAAACUCCCGAGACGCGAUUGUUUGACAAA